AUGGCCGACAUUGUAGCAACGAGGGUUUUUACAGACAGCAAGAUCAAACCCCUUCUAAAUAGGUGCCCUGGCGGUGAGGACAUUAGGACAAGAGACUCUGCCUUACCUCAAAAUACUGUCAGGCCCAAUCGCGAUGACUCUGCAGCGUGCCAUCCGCGACCAAACUCGAUACCCUCUCAAACUGCUAUAUAUGAGGAUGAUAAUCUGCAGACUGCCCUCGACGAAAGGGAACUUAUUGAUUCAUUCAGAGCCCUUCCUCCGAAAGAACAGUCGGUGAUGAUGCAAAGAUUUGACACGCUUAAAUCUCAGCUUUUGCAAGUCCAACAUAGAGGGGAAGAUACUAACGAUGUCUCAAAUAAUCCCACUUGGGCCCACCGGACAGAAGUGGUUGACCUUCUUCAGCUCAGUCCCACUCUGAAUUCAAAAACCAUCCGACAAGACUCAAAUCUUCAAGUUGCUUCUGCAGCGUGCGCUACAUCACGAGACGACCAGGCUCUGCCAUCCUCACUGAACCUUCAUCUAUAUUCAUCAACCAACAUACCUAAGGACGAAAUUCUGAUUUCCCUGCUUGACUCAAAUCCCUCUUUAACUCACUCAUCUAUGCCAGAGCUAGAAUCUUCUCCAGUUUCGUCCAGAUAUAGAAGUAGUCCACAAGUGAUGCCCCUGAGAGAGUCUUCCGCAAUUUCCACCUCCGUGAUGCCCCCUCAAUUACCUCCUUCAAAGGAAACUGCGAAUGUUACACCUCGGGACCCGCCGUCAGAAAUGAUUGAAGACCCGAUGGGACGCAUCAAUAAAAUAAUCCGAAUGUCGGAUGACAAAUCUGCGAGAGGGUUAACCCGACGGACUCAAUUUCCCCUACCUGGGUAUUUCUCUGUCAAGUUGUACCAAGAAUUUCGAAAUGAAGAGACUUCCUGUUCAGAGACCUACUUUCAGUGGAUCAUCCACGGUGUGCCAACAGUCGAACCAAAUUGUUAA